AACCUGGAGAGGCUGCAUGAGAGGAUGCAGGAUUUGCAGAGCCAGAUUUCAGGCCAGAAGCAGGACUGGAAUGAGGUGCAGCAGAAGCUCAACUUUGUGGAGGAAGAGAAGCUGGAUCGCCUGGAGCUGAAGGCUUUCCGUAAGCACCUGGAGGAGUCUUUGAACAGAGACAUUGAGAAUUUUGAAAAGAGAGUGACAGGUGACAGUGGUGCUGGGAUUAAGAAGCAGCUGCCAGUGCCCUUCUCGUGCCUGUCCUGUGACCGCAUGCUCUCCAUGCAGGUUCCUGGCCCGUACCCCGAGACACUCCCAUAUUUGCAGCCGCUGCCCCCCAGCAAGGAGACCCGGCACAGCCAAAGGAAGUCGGUGGUCAAUGGCAGUGUCCCCCGUGUGCCUCAGAGCUGUGGGGACCAUCAGAUCAGCAGCUCCACAAUGCAGCACAUCAUCGCUUCACCACAUACAAGUGCACAGGUGCAGCGUCUCCUGGUACUGUCCAACAAGCCCAGAGUGGCCCAGCUGCUGGAUAGUGGUGGACUCAUCCCGAGGGGCCGGGAUGACCAGCUUCCUGUGGUGACCAGGGCACAGGAUGAGUCAGGUACAGUCCCCCAAAACACCUGGGCACCUGGGCUGGCCCAGCCCCACCGGACAACAACCACCCCCACCCAGCUGGACGGGACCCAGCGCCCAAGGCUCGAUCUGGGACAAUUUAUCAGAAGCCAGAGAAGCCCGCAAUGACGGCCAUCAGAAACAUGACUCUUUAGUUGUAUUAAGUUA